CGACCAUGUGUAUGAUAUAUAUAUUUAUUAAAAUUGAGUGAGCCAGCUCAGCCAUUUCUUGAUUGCUCAAAGUGCAAUUUCAUCACCUCCCACUCAAAGUGAGAGAAAAAAGCAAAGGAAAAAAACUAUAUUUUGAUUUCUCUUCGUUAAAGAUAUGAAAGUGUGACACUGUAAUUCGAAUAAAGAGAAAAAAGAAAGUGAGGGAGUGAGAGAGAAACACCUUUUGCUUUGAUUCUUCAUAAUCUCUCUGCUUCAAAUUUCUGUGAUCCAACGGCUGUUUUUCACCCUCUCUCUUCUUUUUUCCCUUAGGCCUAUCCUCGUGUUUAAACCUCUGCAAUAAUCAAAUUUUCACCACAACAAAAUUUCAAACAUGUUCAUCUUAGAUGAGCUGAUGAUCAAAGCAAAAGAGGAAAGCAAGAAAAGGCGACGCUUACCUUCUUCCUUGAAGUUGAAGUCUCUUUUUGCAAGAUGAUUUAUUCUUUACCUAUAUACAAACUUCAACUAUUUCAUAUUUCCUCUGCUUUUAUUCCGAUUACCCUCCUCCUCCUCCUCCGUCUUCAUCGACGUUCCACCUCUCGAAACUGGUUUCCAUUUUAUACACCAACCUCACUUCCCAUGAAGCAUUCCGCACAAGUAAUGAUGCCAUUCAUUGUUCUACUCAUCAUAGCAUCACUCGCAAACACCUCUGUCUCCUCCAGCCUCAUAUCUGAUUUCCACGCGCUGAUUGCACUAAAGCAAGGAUUCGAGUUCCCAAACUCUGGGAUCAGCACGUGGAACUCCACGAACCCCAUGUCAAUCUGCUCGUGGAGUGGUGUCAAAUGCCUCCACGGAAGAGUUGUGUCGCUCAACCUGUCCAACAUGGCCUUGUACGGCUCAGUCUCCCCCGACAUUUCUAGGCUGGACAGGCUAAUCGAGCUCUCCAUCGACGGGAACAACUUCACUGGCGAGAUCAAGCUUGAAAGCAUGAGCUCCCUCCGCUUCCUCAACAUCUCCAACAACCAGUUGAGUGGCAGCCUUGACUGGAACUACUCCAGCCUCCCAAAUCUCCAAGUUAUUGAUGUGUACAACAACAACUUCUCCUCUGGCCUACCUCUCGGGUUGUUGAGCUUGAGCAAUCUCAAGCACCUCGAGCUAGGAGGGAACUACUUCUAUGGAAGUAUACCUCCAAUCUACGGUGACCUAGCCGGAUUGGAGUACUUAUCACUGUCGGGAAACGAUAUGCAGGGGAGGAUUCCUAGAGAGUUAGGCAACCUCACAAACUUGAAGGAGAUAUACCUAGGCUACUUCAACAUGUUCGAGGGAGGGAUCCCUCAAGAGUUUGGCAAGUUGACAAAUCUUGAACAUUUUGACCUAUCCUCGUGCAACCUUGACGGUUCAAUCCCUCCAGAGCUGGGGAAUCUUAAGUCACUCGACACACUGUUCCUGCACAUAAACCGUCUCUCGGGGUCAAUCCCGAGGGAGCUGGGGAACCUGACGAAACUGGUGAAUCUUGACCUGUCUCUGAAUGCACUGACGGGUGAGAUCCCAUACGAGCUCAUCAACCUGAGUCGGAUCCGGCUGCUUAAUCUGUUCAUGAACAGGCUGCACGGCUCCAUCCCGGACUUUGUGGCUGAGUAUCCUGAGAUGGAGACACUGGCCCUCUGGAUGAACAACUUCACUGGGGUGAUACCUAGGAAUCUUGGACGGAAUCAGCGGCUGCAGGUUCUUGAUCUGUCUUCCAACAAGCUAACCGGUACUGUUCCUCACAAUUUGUGUGAAUCUGGGCAGCUCAGGAUCCUUAUUCUUCGGAAGAAUUUCUUUUUUGGCUCCAUUCCACAGGAUUUAGGCACGUGUUUGAGCCUUGUGAGAGUCAGGUUGGGAGAGAACUUCUUCAAUGGCAGCAUUCCUAGAACCUUAAUCUACCUGCCUCAGCUUAACUUUCUUGAGCUGCAAAACAAUAUGCUCUCCGGCACCCUGUCCGAGAACACUGACUCCUCAUCCAAGAAUCAAUCUAAACUGGGGCAGAUGAAUCUCUCAAACAAUCAGCUUUCCGGGCCCUUGCCGUUUUCCCUCUCCAACUUCUCGUCGCUCCAAAUCCUAUUGCUCGGCGCCAACAACUUCUCCGGCCCCAUACCGCCUUCCGUCGUAGAGCUGCACCAGGCAGUGAAGAUCGAUCUAAGUGGAAACUCUCUGACUGGAGAGAUCCCUCCUGAAAUAGGUGAAUGCCUACAUCUCAACUAUCUGGACUUGAGUAAGAACAACCUAGCCGGCCCAAUCCCACCGGAGAUAUCCAACAUUCGAAUCCUCAACUACCUAAAUGUAUCACGAAACCAUCUGACAGACGCCAUACCCCAAUCCAUCGGCACCAUGAAAAGCCUCACCACUGCCGAUUUCUCCUUCAACAACCUCUCGGGCAGGCUCCCCGAGACAGGGCAGUUCUCGAUGUUCAACGCCACCUCCUUCGCAGGCAACCCCCAGCUCUGCGGCUCAACGGUCAACAACCCCUGCAACGCCACCGGUGGCACAGCCACAAAAUCGCACAACGCGUUCAAGCUCGUGUUCGCGGUGGGGCUCUUGCUCUGCUCGCUGGUGUUCGCGACGGCCGCAAUCGCCAAGGCCAAGUCCUUCAAGAGAGGCGGGGGGUCGGAUUCGUGGAAAAUGACGGCGUUCCAGAAGGCGGAAUUCACGGUGGCGGAGGUGGCGGAGUGCGUCAAGGACGGAAACGUGAUAGGGCGGGGAGGGGCGGGGAUCGUGUACCACGGGAAAAUGGCCAACGGCGUGGAGAUCGCGGUGAAGAAGCUUCUAGGGUUGAACAGUUUGAACAGGCAUGACCACGGCUUCAAAGCGGAGAUCAGAACUUUGGGGAAUAUAAGGCACAGGAACAUCGUGAGGCUGCUGGCCUUCUGCUCGAACAAGGAGGCGAACCUCCUGGUGUACGAGUACAUGAGGAACGGCAGUUUAGGGGAGGCGUUGCACGGGAAGAAGGGAGGAGUGUCUCUGAGCUGGAAUUUGAGGUACAAGAUCGCGAUUGAUUCGGCCAAGGGGCUCUGCUAUCUCCACCAUGAUUGCUCGCCAUUGAUCGUGCACCGCGACGUCAAGUCCAAUAACAUUCUGCUCAAUUCCAAUUUCGAAGCUCACGUCGCCGAUUUCGGCCUCGCCAAGUUUUUGGUCGACGGCGCCGCGUCGCAGUGCAUGUCCGCCAUUGCUGGCUCCUACGGCUACAUUGCUCCAGAGUACGCGUACACAUUGAGAGUGGACGAGAAGAGCGACGUGUACAGCUUCGGCGUGGUGGUGCUGGAGCUGGUGACGGGGCGGCGUCCGGUGGGGGAGUUCGGGGAAGGGGUGGACAUCGUGCAGUGGGUAAAGUGUUCGACGAAAUGCCGCAAAGAGGAGGUGAGCCGUGUGCUGGAUCCGCGGCUGACGGUGGUGCCCAAGGAUGAGGCAAUGCACCUCUUCUUCGUCGCCAUGCUGUGCGUGCAGGAGAACAGCGUCGAGCGCCCCACCAUGAGAGAGGUCGUGCAGAUGCUCUCCGAGUUCCCCCGCCAAUCACCAUCUCCAUCACUAAACCGUUGAACAUUUCUUUCUAGGAACAUAAGUCAUUCAAAAAAAUGUCUUAGUUUCUGUUUUUUUUUUAGAAUGGUAUUGGUAAUUAGUAUGUUUAAGUAUCCUUUGUAAUAUAGUGUACACAAUUUUUGUUUAGUUACAUGUAUUCAUUUCUAUUGA